AUGCCGAUAACCGAACAACAAACUAAAAAUUUCGAUUACGCUGAUUGGAUAAAAAAGGCAAUCGAGAACAAUUUUAUCAAAUACUAUGAUCAUACCGAAUUUAAAAAUAAAAAGGAAAUUGAAAAUAGUAAUAGUUCGGAGAAUUUCACUAAACUUGAAUGGGAUGAUAAAUAUUGCUUAGCGUCACAACUCGCAAGUGCUAUAGACUUUAUUCAUAGUAAUUAUACACAUCUAGAUGUGUAUAAGAGACAGCGUUACANCUUAGCGUCACAACUCGCAAGUGCUAUAGACUUUAUUCAUAGUAAAGGUAUAAUCCACUGUAAUCUGCACGAAGAGAAUGUACUGAUACAUAAAAAUAACAUAAAAGUUGCCGAUUUUGGCUUGUCUAAAAGAGCGAACAAAACAUCAAAUUAUUCUAACAAAGUAUUAGACUUUCUGCCUUAUUUAGAACCAAGAAUCUUGAACAAUUUAUUUAAUAUUAAAUGUAGAAGUCAACCAUGUAUAACGAAUUUCAAAUCAGAUAUUUACAGUAUUGGAGUUCUUUUCUGGCUGUUGUCAAGCGGACGUAAACCUUUUUAUGAUGAAGGUUCACAGUACGAUGUAAAUUUAGCCAUGGAUAUAGUAAAUGGGAAAAGAGAAGAAAUUAUUAAGGGCACACCUGUUGAAUAUAGUGAUAUAUAUACAGGUAAUAAAUUUUACGUCUCACGGAUGAUGAGUGAUUUAUAUGACGAUUAA